UUGACAGCAAUGGUUGUUUGAGGAGCCAAUUCAAUACUAAUUUUAUUGUUUUAAUUUAUUUAUGUACCAAUGAAUUGAAAUUCCUUUACGAUUAACUAACAGAAAUCAAGUAAUCACAAUGGAGUUAAUUUACUCCAUGCGCCGGAAACCAUUGAAAUGCGAGCCACCGCACUUCGAAACGUCAUCAGACCCAGAAGUGGUUCGUCCGAUUUGCAACAUAUCGGCGUGCAAUAUCAUCGCGUUCUCGUCUCCCACGGAGCUUUCGGACUCCGACGGGUGCACCUGGGGCGGGCAUGUGUACGUGUGCGACCUCGACACGCCGUGGGACAGUCAUAAAGUCACUAGCACUGUUCAUCCUGUCUCAGCUCUUGAAUGGGACAGUGAGGGCAAGCAGCUCCUGGUGGCCACAACCGAGGGUGAAGUCUCCGUGUUCGGCAUGAAGGAGUUCCUGCUCAAUGAGUGGAGCUGCCUUUAUACUGCAUCAUUCCCAGGUGAACAUGUAAUAAAAGCAGCAUUCUUCCACAACGGCCGGAGAGUGUCUUGUGACAAGAAACCCGAUGUGCCGGCUGCGGAGCGCCUACAGCUGUUGAGGCCCACGCCCACACUGAAAGGCUUUGGUGGCAUAGCGUGUGAAGGUGCCUGCAUCAUCACAGCCACCGGUCUCAUCGGAGCCCUGACGCCUUCAGGAGAGCCGGGCAAGGCGCUCAGCGGGGCAGAGUGUCUCCGGCCAGCGAGGGACAGGGUGCCUACUGCCAGCGUGGCUCACAAGAAUGGCACCCUGAUAGUAGCAGCAGGUGGUGUGAACUGUGUGCGCUGCGCCGUCUGCUCCGUCACGUUGUCGCGCGCGCCGCACCAGGCGCCGGCGCUUCUAGUGCAGCCUCUGCCGGCUGUAUAUCUGGACUACACUCCUGUGUCUUUGACUUGGAGUCUCCGGGAGGACACGGAUUCUCUGCUCGUCGGCGGGUCCGCUCUGUCAGUCUGGAAUCUGACGCAGCGAGCACACCCCGUGCAUAAACUACUGUCUAAGGGUCCGUUACAAGGAAGCACAACUCCUGGAGGUGGACAAAAACCGGGGUCUGACUGUUUCAACACAGUGGUGUGGCAACAAAUCUCAGUGCUGCCCGUGGAGGGCUGCGCGCACGUCUGCUCCCGCCGCCUGCACGCGGCCGCGCCCUAUCAUAUACUAGCGGCGACGGGACCCAACAGACUAUACUUGCAUCGCGACACACAUAGGAUAAGCACCACAGCGGUGACAGUCUCAGGGUUGCCGGGACUCGAGGCGGGCGCUACGCCCCCGAAGAAACCCAAAUAUGGAAGCGCUUUAGCGACAGGAGCGGCGUGCGCCAUAGUGUCGUGUGUGGACAUGUCGUGGCUGGGCGGUGUGUGUGUGUGCGUGGACACACAUGCACAGCUUCACGUGUAUCGACUACCCGCACCUGAUAUUUCAACGCCAUUGCUAGUGCAGCAUACGACGUCGCUUCUAGAAUACGCCAUGGUGUCAGGUCUGGAUUACCGGGACAUCAUCAUGACGCUAAAACCUAACGCCAUUGAUGCUGUGUAUGAGAGGUUCACGGAGAGUUUUCAACGUCAGCCGCAGGCAUUCCAGCAGUUCUAUUAUCAGAACUGGCUCAAAUUACGCAUUGGACUUUGCAGGGUAAUACCAACAGCCCAAGGCGCGGUAUCAUCACUGACGCAGCUGAUGACUCUCGCCGGCGCGUGGGCGGCGCUGGCGGCGGCUUUAAGAGGAGACGACAGGCGACACGACGACGUGCGACUAGACGCACUGUUAGAACACGAACACGACAAGGCAUUAGUUACACUAGAAGCGAAAGCGGAACUGUCAAGCGACGCCGUCGCUCUCACGCCGCUCCGACGCAUUCUGCAACAGUGCGUCGACAUCGCGACCACGCAUCUACAACACGCUGCGACAGGACACACACAUCCGUACGAGACGUGGACGGAGGGCACGGCGCUGGCGCUGCUGCGCAAGCUGGUGGUGGGGGCGCGCGCCGCGGGCCGCGCCGCCGCCGGCGAGCCGCUGUCGCGCGCGCUGGCCAGGCUGGCGCUCCACAACACCAAGGAGGUCCGAGAGGAAUGUGCAACCCUAUGUCUGCAGCUGACGACCCCACGGAUCUGGGAAUCCCUGCCUCGCUGUACAGUCUCCGCCCCACAUGGCAAACCGUGGCCACAUUAUUUCGAGUAUGGAAUAGAGCCUGAAGGUUUGAGAUACGCACCCGAGCCACCGAACUACGGCACAAUGUGCGAAGUGAUGCCGUCACUGGGGAUGGAUUGUAUAAGGUACAUGUACCUGGGCCCGGGCGCGGGGUCGUGGCGCGCAUGCGCGCGGUGCGGCGCGCGCGCGCUGGCGGCGGCGCGGGCGGCGCGGGCGGCGCUGGCGCGGGCGUACGACGCGCGCUUCCUGCCCGCCUGCAGGUGCGGCGGUAAAUGGACUCUGGUCUCAAAUUACUAAACGACAUGCUGAAUAUUCAUUAUUUAAGUUUAUUUUAAGUUCAUGAAUUUAGUUUUAUAGGUAAUUGUAAUUAAAAUAAUGAAUUUACCAAAAUAAAA